UCCCUUUGGUGUUUACAUUUCUACACGGUCAAGGAACGUUCUUGAAGCGAUAGCCCUGUCCAACGCAUAUAACCUGCUAAUUUGGAAUGCAUGUUUCUGUUUAACUACUGAAGGUACCAGAGAGAUGUUUGGGAUCAUAAUUGCAGGCCGUCUUGUACAAACAGACCUACAGCAGGUGUCAGAGACCCAGUUCCUCUUCAACAUCUCAGAUGCUGACAACAUCAACCACGUCGUCCUCUUCAUGACUGGACAGACUCCCUUCCCUGAUGGCUUCGGAGGCGCUGUGUAUUUCUCAUGGCCAAGCACAGAUGGUCCUUCAUGGCAGCUGUUGGGACAUCUGACAAAUGCAAAACCAAGCACUAUUUUCAAAAUAUCCUCACUGAAAACAGGGGGAGGUAACUCAUUUCAACAGAACAUGUUUGGUCAACAGGCGUCACACAACGCCCAGAUUGGAAUAUCUGUUGAACCCCUGGCACAGCUUGCACAGCAAACACCAGUCACCCAAGCCACGGUGUCGAGUGUGGAAUCAUUUGUUGAAUAUUCAAGGAAAAUGCUUGAGAACUUUUUCAAUUUUGCCUCCUCGUUUGCCGUGACCCAGUCCCAGAUGACGCCAAACCCUUCCGAGACAUUCGUGCCCAUCAGCACGUUGCAAAAAUGGUUUGAAAAUUUUCAGAGACGCUUGGAACAAAACCCUAAUUUCUGGAGGACAUGAGGCAGUGUUGGCUUGGAGAUUGUCAUCAUUCUGUGGGAGACUUGUGUCAAAUGCAUCUUGUUUUAUGCGUGAAGAUAACAGGUUUUUGUGGGCUUGUUUUCAGUGAUUGUCAUCUGUCCCCCUUUAUUGUCUUUUGUUUUUCUUCUUUGUGGAGCGCAUGUCUAAGGCACCGCAAUUCGCAAGCUAAUUCCCAGCGCGUGAUACCUUCAUUACACUCUCAGUGACAUUGCUGCCACCAGUGUUAGCACGGCCAUUACAAGAAUCUUGAAAUUCGCCCUCUAACCCCAAAUGUAGUAACGUUUAUACUUUUGUUUAUGUCAUAGUGAAUUUUGAAAAUGUUUAAGACUGACCAUAUUUCCCAGAUGAAUUUACUCUUUUGUUUAUUUGAUCAGGUUGGUUCGAGAUUGCAGACAAACGGAAAAUCUUCCCCCUUACAUUCUUACUAUACCAGUUACAUGAUAGUAAACAAAGAAACUUAUUUUGCAGGAGUAUUCAGCAUCAUGGCUUGUUUGUUAACAUAACGGCCAAUCGGCUGCGAGUUCAAUUCCAUGAAUGGUUGUUGUCACCUAACCAAUGGGGACUUUUGACUGGUGGCAGCGAUAGUGUGGAGAGCUCCGCGAAUGGGAUAUCGCUGUGACAACCUUGUGCAACUGUAUUGAGUUGUAUACCAUGGUAGUGCCAGAAACCUAUGAUUUGGGGUUUGAAUCCCGGUUCACCCUGAUUAUGUUUCUAGGUUUGUCAGCACCAUACCCGUGCUUGUGGGUUUCACCGAAGUGGUAAACAUCUGAGACCUGCAUCACUUCAGGCUUUCCUCCCACAUUAAGCUGACACGCUGUGAUAUAACUGGAAUACUGUUAAAAGCGGCAUUAGACACAACUCACUCACUGUUGUAGGAAAUAGUUGAUAUCAAGUUUAGACAUGCUUACCCGUUUCAAUAUCUGAAAAAGUUCAUCAGGAGAGUGAAAUCUCUAGUUUUCCGAAACUAUGUUUGGACUUUUGAGGUGCAACUAUAAAGGAUAUUUUUUAAUAUUAUUAACAUGAUUAAUGUUAUGGACUAAUAUGAUCAAGAAACCCCAUGAUUUAUACCUUUGCUUCCCCAUGAUUUGUUUUUGAGACUUUUUAGGGAAAUGUCAAAUAUAUCCCUGUUUAUAUACACGUUUACAGGAAUUUCAUUGUUGCACGAAUCACUGUAAUGCUUGGGUCAUUCUGAAUUUAUAUCUUUCAAUGAAAGGUUUGCUUACAAAAUAAGAAUUUACUGUAGUGGAUAUCUUACAAUACAGUAAUUGGGCACUGUUGACCUAGUUUUAAUAACUCAAUCAAUGGCAUAUAUGCAUUCUGUGACUUUAACCACUAGUCUGAAGCCCAAGUCUAGUAAAGUUCUGUUUGGUCUAGUAAGCUCAGCUAAUAAUAGUCUAUAUAACACUAAACUCUACUGGAAUUGAUUCUUAGAGUCAUGUUUGGGCGCGUAGUCUCAUAAGGUUUUGUCACAGAUUGUACAUUUAUUCUCAACAAAAUGUAUAUGGUACAUGACAUCAGACACAGUCCAUGGUGUGCCAGUGACCAUGCAUCUUCCCCAGGCAAGGGAGUUAACUGACUGUAAAAGUCCAAUUUCUACCCUUGCCGAACUUAGCUGGAAUUUCUGGGUUUGAUCGUAGUGCCACCAGUGGCUAUUAUGUCCCUUCUAUGUUCCUCCUGUUGACCAAUCAGAUUCCACCUCUCAUAUCACUAGCAUUUGCUUCAAACAAAAUGGCUGCACCUUGUGAAAACUAUCUGAUCACUGAACAAAAUCUAUAUCUUGAAGAGCAUCAAAUCACGUGAGCACCUUCCUUAUUGACUAGGUUAGUGGCAAAGAAGUGUGUUAGAAGUUUCUUCCAGGGUCAGGGGCACAGGUGGCCCAGUCGUCUAAGGCGCUGCGAUUCGGUGUGCAGAGUUGCGUCCCUUGGGCACGCCAGAAAUCUAUGAUUGUGGGUUCGGGUCGCCCCGAUUAUGUUUCUAGGUUUGUCAGCACCAUACCCGUGCUCAUGGGUUUCACCGAAGUGGUAAACGUCUGAGACCUGCAUCACUUCGGGCUUUCCUCCCACAUUAAGCUGACACGCCCUGAUAUAACUGUCAUACUAUUAAAUGCAGCAUUAGACACAACUCACUCACUCACUCUUCCAGGGUCAGUGAUGGCUCAGUCAAGGUGCAGCUCCUUUGUUUGUAUGUAAUGCAUACCCUGUUCCACAUGUCCUUAAUUAAUGUCGGCCCAUGAAGAUCCAGGGUAGAAUAGGUCUUCAGCAGCCCAUGCAUGCCGUAAAAGGCGACUAUGCUUGUCGUAAGAGGCGACUAACGGGAUGAGGUGGUCAGGCUCGCUGACCUGGUUAAUGCAUGUCAUCAAUCCCAAUUGCGUGGAUCAAUGCUCAUGUUGUCAAUCACUGGAUUGUCAAGUCCAGACUUGAUUACUUACAGACCACCGUCAUAUAGCUGGAAUAUUGCUGAGUGUGGCAUUAAACAACAAACAAACAAAUAAUUAAUGUCACAAUGCUUGUCCUUCAAACUCCAUCACAGUCCUACCCCUGCAUGUUGCAUUUUAGCCUCAAUUCUCAACAGAAACAACAGAUGGAUGUAUGCUGCUUUUGCUUGAGUUGGCUGGGUAACCAUGGUUACUCACAUGAUUCUGGUGUUUUGUCACCAGAAGAGUAUUUUGAUGUGCUUUUUGGCUUGGUUGAAAUGAAGCAAAGGUUCUUGGAAGCACUGAUGUCAUAUUUAGCACCACGGAAUGAUCACCAUUUAUGGAUUUAUUAUUUUUAAAAGUUUUACAUUAAUUAAAACAAAUAUAUUUUCAAAUCUUAGUAUUUUAGACCAGCACAAACCAACUUGACACUCCAUUGGAAAUGAAGAGUUUACAUUAUAUGACAAAAUAUCUUGAAUCUUGACAUGCAAAUGUGUUCGAACCAAAGAAGUAGUAGUAUUUAGGACAUGUUCUUUAGGGUGUUGUUUUUUUCCUCACUGUUUUGUUAACUGUAAUCCAUGUACAGGUUGUUGUUAGUGUUAAUAAGACACCAAUUUGAACGUCACACUUCAGUAGGUAUAUUCUUGCAUAAAACAUGAAAUCAAUGUGAAUGUGUAACAUAUUUUGUGCAUCUGUAUUUUAAUAUAAAUAAAAUGUUUUCAUACAG